GGUGUUUACGGCGGAGCCGGCGGAGCUGCAGCGCCGGGAGCUCUGCCCGUGCCCGCUGCCCGUGCCCGUCCGUGCCCGCUGCCCGCUGCCCGCAGCCACAAUGUCAAGAGGAGACACGUGUAUCACCAGGACAAUGAAGUCGUACCAGAAGCUGACAACAACACAUCCAGCAGCAUGCCGGCUGGAAGAGGAAGGGGCUGCCCCGAUGCCCUCCGGCCAUGGGAAGCUGGCCCCAUGGUGGGUGGGCAGUGGGCUGCUGGUGGCCGCUGUCCUGCUGAGCACCAUCACUGUCUGGGUGCUGCGCCAAGUGUCGGGGGGCUGGCUCGGGCCCAUGGCACCCCCAAAAUGUCUCCUGGUUCCUGAGAGUCAUCGCUUCGACUGCUACCCGGAGCGGCGCGUGGUGGUGACCCAGGAGCUCUGUGAAAGCCGAGGGUGCUGCUUCAUCCAGAGCCCCCCGCCAGCAGAGGGCAAGCAGGGGGUGCCCUGGUGCUUCUAUCCCCCUGACUUCCCCAGCUACACCCUGGAGAGCCUCAACCAGACAGCUCUGGGCAUGGUGGGGGUGCUGGUGAGAAGGGAGAAGGCCUAUUACCCCCGGGACAUCCAGAAGCUGAGGCUGGAUGUGGAGUUUGAGACAGACACACGGCUGCACAUCAAGAUAACAGAUGCAGCCAACCCACGCUAUGAGGUUCCCCUUGAUGUUCCCCAGGUGAUGAAGAGAGCAGAAAACCCCAUCUACAGUCUGAACUUCUCCUGGGACCCCUUUGGGGUGCUGCUGCAGCGCAAGGCAACAGGGACAGUGCUGCUAAACACCACCGUGGCCCCCUUGAUCUUUGCUGAUCAGUUUCUCCAGAUAUCCACAUCACUGCCAUCCAAGUUCCUCUAUGGGCUGGGGGAGCACCGUGACAGGUUCCUGCACAGCCUGGACUGGAACACCCUCACACUCUGGGCCCGGGACGUCCCUCCCACGGAAUCAUUCAACCUGUAUGGUGCCCACCCCUUCUACCUGCUGAUGGAGGAGGAUGGAAAUGCUCAUGGUGUUUUCCUACUCAACAGCAAUGCCAUGGAGGUGGUUCUGCAGCCUGCUCCAGGCCUGACCUGGAGGACCAUUGGAGGGGUGCUGGAUUUUUACAUCUUCCUGGGGCCUGAUCCCAACAUGGUCAUCCAGCAGUACCAGCAGGUGAUAGGUUUCCCAGCCAUGCCACCCAUCUGGGCUCUCGGCUUCCACCUCUGCCGCUGGGGCUACGGAUCCAGCAAUGAGACGUGGCAGACUGUGAGAGCCAUGAGGAACUACCAGAUCCCCCAGGAUGCGCAGUGGAAUGACAUCGAUUACAUGGAUGGGUACCGGGACUUCACCUUGGAUUCCCAGAAAUUCACCUCCCUCCCCUCGCUGGUGGAAGACCUCCACAAACAUGGGCAGCACUACGUUAUGAUCUUGGAUCCUGGCAUCAGCAGCACCAGCCCUCACGGCUCCUACUGGCCUUUUGAUGAAGGCUUGAGACGGGGCUUGUUCCUCAACACCACCAAAGGGCAGCCUCUCAUCGGGCAGGUCUGGCCUGGUUUCACUGCCUUCCCAGACUUCUCCAACCCAGACACGCACCAGUGGUGGCUGGAGAACCUGCAGCACUUCUAUUCCCACGUGCCCUUUGAUGGCCUCUGGAUUGACAUGAAUGAGCCAUCCAACUUCAUGGAUGGGUCUGAACAUGGCUGCCCCCCAGGAGAGCUCGACAGCCCUCCCUACACUCCAGCCGUGCUGGGCGAUUCCCUCUCUGCAAAGACGGUGUGUGCCUCAGCAGAGCAGAAAGUCUCGGUGCACUACAACCUCCACAACCUCUAUGGGCUGAUGGAAACCAAAGCCACAGCAAGCGCCUUGGUGAAGAUCCGGGGGAAGCGCCCCUUCAUCAUCUCCCGCUCCACCUUCCCCAGCCAGGGCCGCUACUCAGGGCACUGGCUGGGCGACAACCGGAGCCAGUGGAAGGACAUGUACUACUCAAUUCCAGGGGUGCUGAGCUUCAGCCUCUUUGGCAUCCCGCUGGUGGGGGCAGACAUCUGCGGAUUCUCUGGCAGCACCUCGGAGGAGCUGUGCACCCGCUGGACGCAGCUCGGUGCCUUCUACCCCUUCGCUCGCAACCACAACACCCAGAAGGAGAAGGCCCAGGACCCCACAGCGUUCAGCCCUGCAGCCAGGACAGCCAUGAAGGACGUGCUGCUGACCCGCUACUCCCUCCUGCCCUUCCUCUACACCCUUUUCCACCGUGCCCACCUGCAAGGGGACACCGUGGCCCGGCCCUUGUUCUUUGAGUUCCCUGGGGAUGUGGCCACGUGGGAGCUGGACAGGCAGUUCCUGUGGGGCAGGAGCCUGCUGGUGACACCAGUGCUGGAGCCUGGGGUGGACUCAGUCACAGGUUAUGUCCCCCGAGGCAUGUGGUACGACUUCUACACGGGCUCCUCAGUGAACAGCAGUGGGGAGCUGUUGAAGAUGUCAGCCCCUCUGGAGCACCUCAACCUGCACAUCCGGGAAGGUUCCAUCCUGCCCACCCAGAAACCAGGAACCACCACAGAGGUGACCCGAGGGAACCCCCUGCGUCUCAUUGUGGCCUUGUCCUCGGAUGCCACUGCCUGGGGUGACCUUUUCUGGGAUGAUGGUGAGAGCCUGGACACCUUUGAGAAGGGCAACUACUCCUACGUGAUGUUCAAUGUCACACAGAACAUCUUCACCUCCACCGUCCUCCAUGCCAAUGCUGAGGCCACCAAGGUCACUAUUGGCACACUGAGCAUCUUUGGGGUGCAGAAGCCGCCCAGCAAGGUCCUCCUGAAUGGCCAGGAGAAGCCAUUUUCCUACCUGGACAACCAGGUUCUCACCGUGAGUGACCUUGGCAUGAGCCUGAGCCAGGGCUUCUCCCUGCAGUGGCUGUGACCUGGGGGCUGUGGGGUCACCUCACCAGGAGAUGCUCAAGGCUCAGCCCCUGAAGCCAGGAUGGUGCCAUGGAGGGGACAUUGGGGACUGUCACUUGCUGCUGCUUGUCCCUCUCCAGCAGAGCUGGGGACAGGGGCUGUGGGAUGGGGCUCAGCUGCUGGGUGCCCCCUGCAUGGCCCUGGGUGAGGGGUGUGGGUACCCGUGGUUCCUGCUGCAAUAAAGGCAAGUGGAGAACUUG